AAAAGGGUCACUGGUGAGGAAGGUAAUUUCCUUCUUCAUGUGAUGAAAGUGAAUGAUAAUAAUUUACUUAUUGGGCUAAUUUUUGGUAGCCUUGGGCUGUUUUUGUUAGGGAAUCAUCAUUUUUGUUUCCAAUGUUAAUUGUGUUUUUCAUUUUUUAUUUUAACUGGCUCAAAUUAGAUUUUUGGUAGGACAAUUCUUUUGAAGCGGCAUUUUGGGCGUGGAGAGAACGACAAUAAUCACAUCCAUAAUGUAAAAAAGCAAGCCAUGUGAGAGUUAAUACUCAAAAUGGUCUCUGAAAUUUAGAGAUAUUUAAUUUAACUCAAAAUUUUAAUUAAUUUAAUUUGAAUUCCCAAAUUUAAAUAAGUGACUCACGUUAGCCCUUCUGUUAAUCUCCAUUAACGACACGUGGACUUGACAUGUGGUUUUAUUAAACGAUGUCGUUUUCUCCUUGGCGUGUAAUCUCUUUUCAAAAGACAGCGUUUUCCAUUCUAAAUGAUCAAACCACUCAAAACAGAGAAAUUCUUCUUCAUUCUCUCACAUGCACCAUAUGCACCAUACUGUGGAAGAUCAAUGUCACUGCUAGUGUAAGGCGCCGACAAAGCUUGUCGCACACGUUCUCGUUUGCUAGUACAAGGAAGAAGAAGGUGCGCACCACUGUUUUUCCAAAAAAGGUGCCUCCACCUCCACCGCUCACAAGGCUGGAUAAGCUACCGCAUAAAAGAAGAGCAACUCUCGGUGUGGAACUAAUGCAAAAAGCGCAUAAAAGAAGAGCAACUCUCGGUGUGGAACUAAUGCAAGAAGCUAAUUUUGAGACAGCGUUAAAGUUUACAGAAUUUAUGAAAUUUGUCCCCACUCCGGGCUUUAAAACACCAAGGAAGAAAUAGAGAUUAAAUUAUGUUGUCUUUUGUGCAUGAAUUGAUAAAUGUAAUCCAAAAUUGUGUGUUUCGAAGUCAUUUUGUGGCUGUUUUGUGGCUGAAAUGUGUGUCAGUGGUUGUUUAUGCCUUUUGUCAUAAUGAUGACAUUCUAGACAUCACUCUUGGUUUAUCAUGUAUUACAAUGGUCAUUAUCAUGACUAUGGUUGACCUAUGAAAUCAGAUUCAAGUUUUA